UGGCAUUCAUGAUCGAUUUACCGUUCAGUUUAGUUUUCCUUCGCACGUUCAUUGACCACGUCGCAUCGUCGUCGCCGCCGCCUUGCCGUUUUUAUCCAUCGGACUUCUGCGCACUCGAAACGUCACCGUUGUGAGAAAUUUUGCUUGCCAAAUUUUCCUCUUAUUCAAGUAGUUUCUGUCGUUUGAAUUGUAACAACCAGCUGCCAAAUUGUGCUAAAAAUCUUGUUAAGUGUUUGAAUUUGUACGAGUUAAGUUUACGAAGAAGGAAGGAGGAAAUUAAAAGUGAAUUUGCAACAGAUUUCUACUGGCCUUGAAUGAGGUUUCUGUACGGAACGCUAGUGUUGUGUAUUGGACGCCCAGUUUAUAAAUAAAUAUUAGAGCAGUUUUUCAGUCAUGGCUUGUUUGGGUUGUUGUUGUUCCUGUUGAGGCAGUGAGGCAGUGGAUUUUACUAUUUUGUUGGCACCAGAACGAAAAAUUGGCAAUAUGAGACCAGCAGCUAGUGCUCGACGAGAUUCGCAACGAUUAGCAGUACCAAAGAUCGUAGCAGACACCAGGGACCUUCCGGAACUAAAAACCUAUUCCAAAAUUGCAUUAAAGACUUCUUCAGGAGUUGCCAAUGUUGUGUUCACUAAAAACCGCUUUAAUCAUCAGACUCAUCAUUUGCCGUUUCGUUUAACACCGCGUCAAUUGAGCUUAGAACUCCUCAGAAAUGUCUAACCGGAAGUGCAACAUAGUUUUCGACGCAAACGUUAAUUGAGGAAAAGCACCACCUCGACGUGCACAAAAUAGUUUGAAGAGGUCUAAAUCUAUAAUCACAUGUGCUUCAGUUGUGCAAAUUUUGCGCGUUAGCCCCAUUUCUUUACGAUUGUUAUUGUUUUGCUUUGAACCCGCACCGAACUAAAAUACACAACCACUAGAGACCUAGAGCGUGUGUGUAAUGCUACAGUGCGAAUUCUGCUCCGCAAGUGAAAACAAUAAAUCCCGGUGACAGUGACUUUGACAUUGCAAGAGGUAAACAAGCUAUCGAAAAAAUAGUUUCACGUUAGAAGGCACUUGUACAAGUGCAGUGUGCUCCGGAUAGAUUGUGAUUGUGAUUAUAACACAUAUUGCUCGAAACAUCCUCAGCAGCAAUGGCAGAAGCGGCAGCAGCAGCUGAUAACAACGGCAAUCCAACGCACUACGUCGCGGAACCAUCGGUAUGGAUCUUCGGGUACGGUAGUCUCUGCUGGUAUCCGGGUUUCGAAUACGACAAAUGCAUCACCGGCUACAUCCGGGGCUACGUGAGACGUUUCUGGCAGGGUAAUACAACCCACCGAGGAACCAAAGAGAAGCCGGGACGAGUGGCAACCCUGAUCGAAGAUAAUAAUGGAAUCACCUGGGGCUGCGCAUUUCGCGUGACCGGCAGGCCGGCACUGGAAUAUCUAAAGCAUCGCGAGUGUACCCUGGGAGGCUACGCGACGGAUUUCAUCAAAUUUUUCCCGCGGGUUGCAAGCGAACAUUCCGGUUUCAGCGGCGAGGCAUUCCUGGCGUUGGUUUACAUUGCAACGCCGAAAAACGAACUAUGGAUUGGUGAAGAACCGGUGGUGGAAACGGCCCGUCAGAUCGCCCAGUGCAAGGGACCGAGCGGUCACAAUGUCGAAUAUCUGAUCCGAUUGGCGCUGUUCAUGCGCGAAGAACUACCGGGGGCGGCUGAUGCGCAUCUAUUCGAACUGGAAGAUCUGGUGCGUAGGUUUGUGGCGGAGGCGAACGUAACUAUCGGAAGUUUACUCGGCAGUACACCGCGUCGAAUUCGCCGAGAUUCGCACGAAGAGGUUCGGCGGCACGUUUCGUUCGAAUAUACUUCACGUGUUCCAGAGAAAAAUUUGCGCUGUUUGCACAUUUGAAUCACAUGUCAUUUUACUAAUUAUAAUCGUUUUUAUUCCACUAUGAUAUGCUUACCGAAUGUGAGGCUUAUAUGUAUAUACAUUUUAUGUAGCUUUCUGUGUAGUAAUCAAUCAGGCUAUUGCAAACUGUAUUUCUAGCACGCCAUGUGUUACAAACUCAGUUCCGCGUUAUAUAAGCGAUAAACAGACAAAUCAAACCAAAAUUAGAAACUUAUGUAACUAGGAACGGUCGCUUUCUCAUCAGAAAAUAAAAAGGGUAAAUGUUACUCAAAAA